AUGAAUCUACGGAUGUAUCUGCGGAUUCCUACAUUCGUCGAUCAUUUUUUUUUCACAGCUCUCUUCAAUCUCGUCUCUUUCAUAAUAGCUAAUAUUAGUUUGUUUGAUAAUGAAUGGAUCAAGGCUUAUUACAUGAAUCUCAGCUUUACUAUGGGAGUUUGUUGUACAUUUAAAACUUUACCAUUUCUCAACGUGACACUCGUUUUCAUGUUCAUCAUCGUCACGUUCUCAGCAGGUUCUACCUUCAUGAGUAUUUCGACAUGGAUUUUCAAUUUAAAGAAGGCUCCAGACGUGAGCGUAACUAAAUGGUCACGCAUUUGUGUUCUUUUCAAUAUCUUGACUAGUUUGCUAACAAUAUUCGUUCUCAUCUACUUUGGACUUUCUUUUGCGGGUAGUAUGUUCCGCAAACUAAUGAAAGGAUUCUUCUCGUUAUCAACGUGUUACUGGCUUUUAAUACCUAUUGUGAUUCUCAAUUCAUUAUCCAUUUUCUGCAUAGCAAGUAAGACUUCUCUAUUGCCAAGGUAG